CAGGGUGCAGGAUCCCGUUAUUUCACGCGCUAUACAGUGGAUUUGUAUAGGGAAUAGAAAUGUAUUUGGGAUUUGAGCUCUAAGUGUCUAGGCUGUUGCUUAUUCACUUUUAAAACCUGACCCGCUUUUAGAGCCAUAAUCUAAAAAAAAAAAAAAAAAAAAAAAAAAAGGCAGUGACUUUAAGGCACACCUGUGUUUGUGUUAGUUGGAGUGAAAUUAGUGAGAUGUUAAAGACUCCUGUGCAGUGGGAAAACUGUUUUAUAAUAAUAAUUAAGGGGCAAUUUGUGUUUUUUCCCCCAAGUGUGUAACGUUAACAGCUAGCAUAGUAACCAGGUUAGCUAGUUUUCUCAACCUGCUGUUAGACUGCGGCUUAUUUACACUGUUUAUAUCGUCCUCUGCCUUUUUUACAUAGAAACCCGGGCACAGGAGACAUUUACAGACAUUAACAGACAUUUACAGGAAUAUAAACAGCCACAGGCAGGUUUAUGUUGCAGGUUUUUGGGGAAUUAUGGCGAAAGUGCAGGUGCUGAAUGUGGCGGUUUUGGACAAUCCGAGUCCUUUCUGUAAUCCUUUUCAGUUUGAGAUCACAUUUGAGUGCAUGGAGGAUCUGCCUGAAGAUCUGGAGUGGAAGAUCAUCUACGUGGGCUCGGCGGAGAGCGAGGAGUACGAUCAGACGCUGGACUCGGUGCUGGUCGGCCCUGUUCCUGCAGGAAGACACAUGUUUGUGUUUCAGGCAGACGCUCCGAACACGGGGCUGAUUCCUGAAAGCGAUGCAGUGGGCGUGACCGUGGUGUUAAUCACAUGCACGUAUCGGGGUCAGGAGUUUAUUCGCAUCGGUUACUAUGUCAACAACGAGUACACAGACCCUGAGCUGCGUGAGAACCCGCCCAUCAAACCCAACUACACGCAGCUGCAGAGGAACAUCUUGGCAUCGAACCCGCGUGUCACACGAUUCCACAUCAACUGGGAGACAAUCGUGGACAAAUCAGAGGACUCUGAGAAUGUAGACCCCGCCCCCAACACCAUGUUCCCACCCAGCUGCCCACCAGGAAAAGCUCCGGCUCUAGGACUCAUGCCGGACAAUUCUAUGGACUGCUUAUAGAGGGGGAGCGAAUACACACACACACACACACACACACACACACACACACAGUGUUUGAGCAGAAUGAUCACUCAGCACUCACAGGAUGAUUUUGGAUGCACUUCUCCUCCUGAACACAGGGUGGCAGUGAAGGAACACACACACACACACACACACACACACACACACACACACACACACACACACACACCAUGCUGCUCUAAAGUUCAUCAGUGUGAAUGUUACUUCUGCAAGUAGGACAUGUUCUUGGAUUAACAUCCCCUGUCACACCAGUCACUGCCUUCUGAUGUCAUCAGUGUGCGCCUCUAACUCCGCCCACUCCAAGUCCACUCCAAGAUACAUCUCUGUGUGUAGCUCUGCCUUGUAGUUCAUAAAAUUAAUUAAUCAAAAUGAAAUGAUGAAAUAUUGACCUGCAGUUAACUGUUAAGUUCAAAUAAUAUCAGUAAUAUCAGUAAUAAUUAGAUUUUUUGCAUACCUAGCUUAGAAGUUUUUUGCAUACCUAGCUCUAAAAGUUUCCUCUAAAAUACGAUGUUUUUUUACAAAGACGUUUCAGUAUUGCACUAUUCAAAAUUUGAAUACACGUAAUACUCCAUUUUUUAAACAUAUUUUGAUACACACUACAAAAUCUGUAUGUUAAUGUGUGUUUACCAUAGGCGGUAAGUGUGACACAUUUCCCCGUAUUGAGGAGGAUAAAAAUAGCAAACACAUCGCUUUUAUGAUGGAGGUCUGACAACAACUCAAACAACUUUCCAUUCUUUUCUCAGUACAGGAAAUGUGUCACUUACUGUCCAGUAUAAUCGUGCAUAUGCCAUUAUUUCAUCAUCAGGCCAGCCACUCAAGCAAUUAAAGUUUUUUUAAAACAUUAUUCCAAAAAAAAAAUCAAUAAAUAAGAGCUUAGGUUGGGAAAGAAAAUGCUUGAACAAAAUCCUGAAUUCAUUAACGCAGCUGCACCUUUUUCAUUCAAAUUAUUUAGUAGAUUGUAUUGGUAGUUAUUUAGCUGCUUGAGCUAAUGCUAGCUCGCUACACACACACGGUAAAAGAGUGCUAAUUCAGGCUUGAACGGUCAAAUGCGGCUUUAAAAAGAAACUUUUUGUUAAUGCAGAAAUGCAGAGCUACACAAUAGCUUGUAUGUGUAGAAACCAACUGGAGCAUCUGAUGGAAGUUUUCAGUCAGCUCGAGAGUGGGAGGAGUCAGAGACACACUUCGUGAUUGGUUAAAAGGAAUAUCGAUACAGAAGAUCACAUUCGCCAUUUGUGAAGAGAGACUACUUCCAGUGUUUUAGCUCAGAGUUCUGAGUGGAUCUCUGAUGCGUAUCUCCAUCCUUCCUCUCUCACCUCAUCACCUCAUCAGGAAGAUCUGCUACAUUGGGGAUAAUUACUUUUGCAUUUGAGUUCUCCAUUCUUUUUUGUCUUUUUCUUGUUGGAAGAGGUGUUUGUUUUUUUCCUUGUAUAUUUCACUCUAAAAUGUAAAAAUGGACUUAAAGAUUGAAGAUUGAAUAAAUCUAAAUUGCUGUA